GCGCGUGCGUUCCAGCUGCCAGACUCGGGGAGGGGAGUCCUGGAUAUUUUAACCUCCGAGAGAGAGCCGCGGGUGGGAGGCGCGCGCGGGCGACAGUAUGCGCGUAGGCCCUUUCCAGCCCAGCAGUCUCCAUCUGCCCAGUGACCAUGAUCGUGUUUGUGAGGUUCAACUCCAGCCAUGGUUUCCCAGUGGAGGUCGAUUCUGCCACCAGCAUCUUCCAGCUCAAGGAGGUGGUUGCUAAGCGACAGGGGGUUCCAGCUGACCAGUUGCGUGUGAUUUUCGCAGGGAAGGAGCUCAGCAAUGACCUGAUGGUGCAGAGCUGUGACCUGGAUCAGCACAGCAUCGUCCACGUUGUGCUGAGACCGGGGACAAGAGGCCCAGCUGUGAACACAGCUGGCGGGAACAACCCACAGAACACUGUGAGGGGCUCCGCCAGGGGGCCUGAGAGCUUGACUCGCGUGGACUUCAGCAGCUCCGUCCUCCCCACCGACUCGGUGGGCUUGGCUGUUAUUCUGCACGAUGACAGAGAGAAUGCUGCCCCACCAGCUGGAAAGCCAGCAGGUAGACCAGCCUACAACAGCUUUUAUGUCUACUGCAAAGACCCCUGUCAACAAGUGCAGCCAGGAAAACUCAGGGUGCGGUGCAGUACCUGCCAACAAGCCACGCUCACCUUGGCCCAGGGUCCAUCUUGCUGGGAAGAUGUCUUAAUCCCAAACCGGAUGAGCGGUGAAUGCCAGUUCCCAAACUGCCCUGGGACCACAGCAGAGUUUUUCUUUAAAUGUGGAGCACACCCAACCUCGGACAAAGAAACAUCAGUAGCUUUGAACCUGAUCACCACAAACAGCCGAGCUAUCACCUGCAUAACAUGUACGGACAUCAGGAGCCCUGUCCUGGUUUUCCAGUGCAACGACCGCCAUGUGAUUUGCUUAGACUGUUUCCACUUGUACUGCGUGACGAGACUCAAUGACCGGCAGUUUAUCCAUGAUCCUGAGCUCGGCUACUCUCUGCCUUGUGUGGCUGGCUGCCCCAACUCCUUGAUCAAAGAGCUCCAUCACUUCAGGAUUCUUGGAGAAGAGCAGUACAACCGGUACCAGCAAUACGGCGCCGAGGAGUGCGUGCUGCGACUGGGGGGCGCGCUGUGCCCCAGCCCCGGCUGCGGGGCUGGGCUGCUUCUGGAGCCCGGACAGAGGCAAGUCACUUGCGAAGAGGGCAACGGCCUGGGCUGUGGGUUCGUCUUUUGCCGGGACUGUAAGGAAGCGUACCACGAAGGUGAAUGUAGCCCCCUGGCCUCAGGAGCAGUUACUCAGGCCUACAGAGUGGAUGAGGAGGCAGCAGAGCGAGCUCGCUGGGAAGAGUCUUCCAAAGAAACAAUCAAGAAAACCACCAAGCCCUGUCCUCGUUGCCACGUGCCAGUGGAGAAAAACGGAGGAUGCAUGCACAUGAAGUGCCCGCAGCCCCAGUGCCAGCUCGAGUGGUGCUGGCAGUGUGGCUGCGAGUGGAACCGCGCCUGCAUGGGGGCCCACUGGUUCGACGUGUAGCUGGAAGGACUGCGACGCUGCGUUCUCCGACAUCCUGCCUGGAAACGUCCAGUGUCCUACUGUCAUCUGCUAGUUUUGCUUUCUACACACACACACACACACACACACACACACACACACACACACACACCAAGUUCUUACCAAAAUCACAGAAACAGUCACAAGAGAAGCUUCAGGGAUCCCCUGUGGGAUUCAUUGCACCCAUGGAAACAGCAGAGCUGAGUGUGAGAAUAGCAAAAAGUGUUCUCAGGCCUCAGCGAUCGGCAGAGAGCAGAGCACAGAGCAAAUGCAGCUCUGUGACUCGUGGGUGUUGCCAUUCGUGGGUGAAUUCGAGACAGGCUGGGUAAGCACACACAGGGAGAUUGCUCAGGUUUACUUUCCUGCAUUUUACCUUCGGCAAAUAUUGAGCAGAAGCCAUCGGUGCGGUGGGCAAUAGUUUCAAGGGACUACAGUCAGUGGUUCUCUGUGAGACUGACGGCGGUGGGUUCUCAGAACUCUAUUCCCCGCUUUUAGAGCAAUGCUGUCAGUUACGUUUUCAGAGAGCAUCAAUUCCCAAAGAACCACAAGCAAUAGUCAAAACUAUGUGUUCAGCCCAAGAAUUCUGUCUUUGUGUACUGUGUUGAUGAAAGAGCAACUGUGCAUAAAUCAACCUGUCAACUAAGUGAGAAAUUAUGAAAGUUAAUUCAAAUGUUGAAUGUUUCAAUUGCACGGAAGGAAUCAAAAUGUAAUGUACUUUCAUUCCGCUUCAUUAUUUGCACCUUUAGAAAGACUGUGGCUUCACUGUACAUUUACUGGAAAAGGUGCCUCUAAGGAGACACUUUUAGAAUUGAUUUCGUAAUGAUUCUCAGUGAUUCUCAGGAGUGCAGGGUAUUAAAACAGAAUCUUCCAAGAAGGAGCGUUUCUAGGACGAUGAAAACGAAACUGUGUCUGACUCUAUCAGAAGGGUUUAUGUUCUUCCUGCAGAACCACACUGUAACCCCACCUGCAAAACUGGGGGUUACUCCAAGGAAUAUUCUUUUCCCUGGGAUGGUAAACUCAAACCAGAUUAUUUCCUCAUGUUAACAUGGAUUGAAUUGGAUUGUUGAUCACGUUUCCUUUUUUUUUUUUUUGAUGCAUUUGCAACACGUUCAAAAGGUGUGUGUACACUAAAUGCAGCAAACUCGUUUUCUACAGCACAGUAUGCAGCUGAAGAAGUAUAACCACUGUCUUUUGUUCUCAUUGUCUUCUCAGGAAAAUAGUGACCAUAAUUAGGGCACAAUGAGUUCACUAGCACAUGGGGUCUCUUUGGGAUUUAGGGACCCUGGAAAUUAUGAAAUCGGGAGCAGGGCUUCUCUUUGUAGACGUACCACCAGAAAUCCUUGCGGAGGAGAAAAAUGAUCUCAGAAAGUUUCCCAAGGACAUCUGCCCCUCUUUCCCUAACUCCUCAUCCAGGGACCGUCCUUCCUGCUCUCGCUCUUCCCACUGAGGUGCUGCACCUGGGACAGGAUGCAAAGUGGCAGCCACAUCAGCACCAACAGCCUCGUGUGGCUUCAGUGCAUCCAGGUCACCCCCAGGCUGCCAGACUCCUGUCAGGAAGCCUACCGAUUGUGCAGAGAAAACAGUCAGCCAAGGUUUGUGAGUGUAGUAAAAAGGAAGUUCACAGGUGUGAGCCACACGUCCCAAUGGCCUGUGUCAGUGCUCAGUCUGGAACCACUCAGGGCCUCACUUACAUUCCUGACAAUCCCCAUAAGUAGCAGCUCCUUGCACUGACCUGACGUGACAAACCAGAGGGCUCCCUCCAUCACAUGGAGCACCCAGCAUUUCAUAUCCUCCAUAGUUUCGGGGUUUAAGGAGGGAGGCCAUUACCUCCCCCAGACCUGCAUGUGUGCCGUGGCUGAAAAGUCGGCUCCCGUGCAUUCAGGCACCAUGAAGUCCCAGGUCUCUGCUCCUUUCCUGGUGGUCGUCUUUUUUCCCCCCAGAAUAGAAUACUUAUUCUCAAAACAAAGUAAAGAGAAAACUGCCACUAUAAAUGAAUGUGAAUCACAAACCACUGUAAAUGAACAUGCUUGAGCAUGAAUGGUGUAACAACAUGUGAACAUGUCCAAAGAAUAAAAAUAGUCUUUACAGAAGAAUCUUUAUUUUUCUCUGAAAUGUCUAAAGAAAUGCUUGACAACUAGGCCUAAGGUUGUGCUCAAACUGUCAA